AUGGCGACCGAGCGUGAGAGCAAGACUUUCCUGGCUCGCCUUUGCGAGCAAGCCGAGCGCUACGAUGAGAUGGUCACCUACAUGAAGGAGGUUGCCAAGCUCGGUGGAGAGCUGACCGUCGACGAGCGCAACCUGCUGAGCGUCGCCUACAAGAACGUUGUUGGCACCCGCCGUGCCAGCUGGCGCAUCAUCUCCUCCAUCGAGCAGAAGGAGGAGUCCAAGGGCACUGAGAAGCAUGUUAGCACCAUCCGCGACUACCGCCACAAGAUCGAGCAGGAGCUCGAGAAGGUCUGCGAGGACGUCCUCGAUGUCCUCGACGAGAGCCUCAUCCCCAAUGCUGCCUCUGGCGAGUCCAAGGUCUUCUACCACAAGAUGAAGGGUGACUACCACCGCUACCUGGCUGAGUUCGCCUCGGGCGAGAAGCGUAAGAACGCUGCCACUGCCGCCCAUGAGGCCUACAAGAGCGCCACCGAUGUCGCCCAGACCGAGCUGACUCCCACCCACCCCAUUCGCCUUGGCCUUGCGCUCAACUUCUCGGUCUUCUACUACGAGAUUCUGAACUCGCCCGACCGUGCCUGCCACCUCGCCAAGCAGGCCUUUGACGAUGCCAUCGCCGAGCUCGACUCGCUGUCUGAGGAGUCUUACAGGGACAGCACUCUGAUCAUGCAGCUCCUGCGCGACAACCUCACCCUCUGGACCUCGUCCGACAACGCCGAGGGCGAGGCUGCUGCUGCACCCCAGGAGGGCGCCAAGGAGGAGAAACCUGCCGAGAAGGAGGGCGAGGCCAAGGCCGAGGAGCCCGCUCCCGAGUCUUAA